AUGUCGCACCGGAUAACAGGCGUACAGCGCCUCAGUGGCGCCAUUAACGUGUGCCUACGCCCAACGCCGCAGACAACACCCUCCAUCCUGCCCCUGACCCAGGUAGCCAGUCUUUCGACCAAGGAGAAGAAGCGCAUUGCCAAGCAGGAUCCGUACCGAUGGCAACAAAUGCAACAGCGCAAGGCUGCACACGACACCAUAAAACAGCGUUAUCAACAAGAGCGCCAAGCGGCCCUCGGUGAUUCGGUGCGAGGUAUCGAGACGCCUUUUGUUGAGUCGUUCGAUUCGGCUGGCCAGUCGCCGCUAUCCGUCCCAAAGACCGAUCACAACAACAACCCUAUUGAGGAGCCGCACCCGCUCCCAACGAGCCCAGAGGUCCUGAACCACCUGGUAAGCAGGGCCGAGCUCGACGACGUCCUCAAGCAUGCAUACAUCCUUACCAAGCCCACGGACGCCAUCGAGGCCUUCGACGACCUUGCACUGAGGGAGGAAGCCCACGAAAAGAAACAUGCCGUUGCUGUCGAGGCCAUCAACCGUAUCAUGGACCUGAACAAUGGUUCCGCCUUUGACAAGAUGCACGCCAAUAUCAAACGCUGUGUUAACACGUUCGGCCGGCAUCAGACAGAUCUCACCAUGAGACCCAAGGCGCUGGCUAGAGGGGUCAAGGCGGAGGAGCGCCCUGUGAGAGGCGGUCCAGAUACUGGUAGCAGUGAGGUGCAGAUCGCCAUCCUGACGGCCAAGAUCAGGGCACUAGCGAACCAGCUGGAGACGGGCAGAGGUUACAAGGACAAGGUUGGCAAACGAGAUCUGCGGUUGCUUACGCACAGGAGGCAAAAGCUCCUGCAGUAUAUGGAGCGCAAGGAGAGAGGAAGCGAUAGGUGGUAUCACCUGAUCGAGAAACUUGGAUUGAGCCCUGCUACUUACAAGGGUCAGAUCACGUUGUAG